UCAUUUGUCAAAACAAACAUGGAGUCCCGCUGAAGACGACGAUCUCUUUCCUUAUAAGUAGCUGUUUUCUCCAAAUCAAUCACAAUGCCAGGGACAACACCAAAGACAGUCCAAGAGGAUGAAAUGGCCAAAGCAAAGAUUCUCGUCAAUACACUAAAGGAGAAGGGUAUAACAUUACUUGCUAUAGAUUUUGACCGUACGAUAGUGUCGGUGCACACGGCGGGAGCAUGGCGGAGAGGAGCCGAGACUUUGGCCGAGUACGUGCGUCCCUGCUUCAAAGCAGCACUUAAAGCAGCCUUAGCUGAGACUUUAAUCCACGUCUGUGUGGUUACCUACUCCCAGCAGCCUGAAUUGAUCAGGGAAGUGCUCAAACAUGCCUUGCCACAUAGUGAUAUAAGUAAAGUGAUGAUUAGAGCCAGCACCAGGGACUGGGUGAAAGAGCUACCCCCCGUCGCAGGCUUGACUAAUCUAGGCAAGGAGCAGCAUAUAGCAUCAGUGGUGACUGAGCUCUAUAACAGAUACCACCUAAUGGUAAAACCAGGGGAAAUUCUGCUCUUUGACGAUGACUUAGAGAAUGUCAAGAUUGCUGUGGAGUUUGGACACAAAGGAUUUGAAAUUAAAGAAGAUGUUUCCCUAGAUAGUCUUCUACGUUACGCUAAAAACUGCUAACUGAAUAUAUUUACUGUUUAUAUUUUAUGGUUGAGCCACUUUUUUGGUAAAAUUUGAGAAGUUCAGGGUUGUCAACAUUGUAAGCGAGAAAUUUUAAAAUUUACCGAAAUAUUUCAAACACCGUCUUACCAUUUUUUCAAAAUUUUCUCAGUAUAGUCAGACACAAUAACAUAUGAUCCCAGACUUCUUUCUUGACACUUACAACUGAUAUUUUUGACAUUUUACUUCAAAACCAAGUCUGUCUUGAUUUAAAGAGUUGUAACCAUAUCUGGUUUAUAUGUCAUUGACUCGUGUCCUUGGUGAUGGAGUGAUGGCUUACACAACAAAAAUCAAUAGUUCAAAUGCGUGAUAUGCGUGGAAAUGUCUGGAGUUGACAACCUUGGACAAAAGAAUUGCCUUUGGUUAAAACAUGGAGAGAAAAGCAGUCACAAAAUGCUCAUGAUACAUUAUAUAUAAGACCUGCACUGUCUGACUCUGUCGGGGAAAGGGGGGGGGGGCGGCACAGACUAUAUGCCAGGUUAUUCUAACUCAACACAGAGAUCUGCAAAAUGUGAAUUUUAGGAUGCUAAUUAUUAAUUUUGUUGGGGUCCUCGUAUUUUUAAGACUCCCAGUGUAAAAAUAAGUGAAAAUAGAAAGAAAAAAGAAAUGGGUUUUAGGUAGAGCCCUCAGAAACCAGACAAAUUUCCUGUUGAGGACAAAAGUAGCUGUUUGGGGCUAAAUCAAUGAUAAAUUGUCUUGCAUGGAAUGUUGAUUUGCACCUCCAAGUUUGUUCAAAUACAGAGUGAACAUCAUGAGAAAGGCAGUGUGUUUUUGGAAUGAAUAAAAACAGGCCAAAAUCAAUAAGGUAAACUUGCUUUUAUUGUAAAGCCGUUCCCCGUAUAUUUGCACAGACGUUGACUUCAUCCAGAAGGGAUGAUAUCCACACCAACAAACCACCAAAUACCAGAGUUUAGAUGUAUGAUGCCUGGUGUGAGUUUACUCCAGACUGCUUUCUGUGCAGAACAAUAAUCCAUGUGAUGAGUUGGUAUUUGUCCAAUCACUUCACUGGGUACAGAACAUAAAUGUUAACCAUAUAUGAAUUGAAGAGUAUAUUGCAAGGUUGUCAUGGCAACUGUUGCGUCCAGAGCCACUGUCACAUGGGGCAGUAUAUUUUAGCAAUAGUCUGUACCAGCACACUUGGAAAGAUGGGCAAUUUAUUAGUAUGGAGAACCUGUGAAUGGGAGUAAACAUCCUUGUGGUGUGAUACCAUGUUAGAACUUAAUGUCAGAGUGUAUCGGUACAGUCUGUAUCACUAGAGUAUAUCUCUUGAUGUGAAGUUGGACGUGUAAAGAAUUAUUGUUGUCUGCAGUUUAUUGUAAAGAACAUUGCAUAGUUUACCCAAGUGGAUUGUUUAUGUUAUAAUUUCAGUUUACAGUGCACAAUUAUAUAGAACUACAAAGCAGUGAAUGUACUUGAAACUGGCCUGGUCCACUUUGAGAAAUUGACAACUCCAUAUCCUUGCUGAUAUAUAUAUAGGGGGCGCCCAAGGUUCAUUGGUUCGAAAAAUUGUUUGUACCUGCCUCUGAUGAACAUUACUUUAUUGCCAGUACACUAAAGUGCAUUCAGUGUAAUCAGCUUUAAUUGCCUGACACGUCUCCUUGAGUAGCUAGUUAAUAAGGUUAUUACCUCCUAGCAAAUUGAGGAGGCGUGUUAGACAUUUAAGCCAAUUACAGUGAUUGCACUAAGGGAAAAUCUCCUCUAGAGUUGGAUCGAUACAGCUAGUACAAUUGGUUUAUCUGAACACUAUCUUAGAGUCAUUGUUUUUUUUUUCUCCCCACAUGUAAAAAUGCAGUAUACAGUUUUUCACAUUCAAAGCAUAUUUAUCCUUUUGUAUAAAUGUUAUAUGUAUAUAUAUUUAUGUACAUUCUGUUUGUAUUACUUUCUUAAUUGUUGAAAUGGCACAGAGAUUUCAAGAGUGGAAAAUAUUUUUCCUUAAAAUGCUGCACAGAAAAAAAUGCUCCAAAACAUUUAGGAUGGUAGGUCCUCACUGUAAAAACCUGAUAUGUCAAGUUUUUAUGUAAGAUUGUAAACUGAUAUAUUCUAUUGAUGGAUGUGUGCCUUAUUUUAGGUUCAAACCUUAACCAUUUUGUCGGGAGUUCAAGCCAUUAUUGUGUAUAUUAUUAGUUUACCAUGACAUUUAUUUAAAACUUGGUGCUGUAGCUUUGUAGAUUCAUGACUAUAUGGUGUCAUUGUGGGAACUUACAAGCAAAUUCAAAGAUGUUGCUGAAAGACAUUGUAUAAAGUAUAAAUUGUGCAGGGGCCGUAGCG